UGAUGGUGACAGUGAUGGUGGUGGUGAUGGUGGUGAUGGUGACGAUGGUGGUGAUGGUGAUGAUGCGGUGAUGGGGAUGCAGGUGAUGCCGAUGCUGGUGAUGGGGAAGGAGGUGAUGCUGAUGCCGGUGCCGGUGCUGCCACCUCGAGCCGUGCCCCCAGCGCCUCCUCAGCCCCGCCGCACGGCCGGGCUCCAGGUGCCACCUCCCGGGCGGCCGCGGCACUGCACGGCGCCGGGGCCCCGCUCUGCUCCGGGGCUCCCCCGGGCUGGGGGAGCCCGGCUCGCCCCUGCUGAGGCUGGGAGCACCCCAGCACCCCACGGUUCCUCGUUUGGCCCCGCCGAGCCAGCGCUGCCCGUGAAUCAGAGGCUGCCUCGGGCAUGUUGUGGAGCCACGGUGCCAGCUCGCCCGUCCGUCACCGCUCGUGGGAGCAGUGGGAAGAGGAGCCCGAAGGCAGUGCCCAAAAAAGGGUGCUCAGCAGUCUCUCUUCUCCUCUCAGCCCCUCUUCUUCUCCGUUUUCCCAAGUGCCAGGCGAGGUCAGGGUGGGCGUUCAGUUACCUCACUUGCCCUGCCUGGGGAAACCGAGGCACGGGCUCUGCUCCCCCGGCUGGGAGGCCGCUGCGGGGACACCAGGGAAAACAUCACGGGGCUGCUUGGAAGGGGAAGUGCUGGAGGCCGUGCAGAGACACGUGGCCAUCCCAGGGGAGACCCAACAGGAAGCAAAACUCAUGGGGAAUUUUGCUGGAGAUUCUAGAGGAAUUUGGGUGAUUCUCCAAAGCAGCCGCCAAGGGGCUCUCCAGGAAGGGGCCGGGCACCCAGCGGGGGAACAAUGUCUGCUAAAGUGGCUGCACGAAGCGGUCGGGGUUUUGGAGUCCUGGCAAACGACCGUGGCUGCUUUUUUUCAGUUUCCCAGGCUGGUUUAAAAAAGGUCUUGCUUCUCCCCACGGGCCUUCCCCCUCCUAAUCUGGGUGUGUGAAAGGGCACCUCGCAGCGAGGCAGGGAGAUAAGCGCUGCAGAGAGCCACAACUUCACACCAGCGGCCUUGAACAGAGCCACUCCGCUCAGGAGGGAAGAUAAAGCCCGGAUCGUUUUAGUGCUGUUUUAAAUCCUUUUUUACAGACCGAAAGAGAAAGUCUGCAGGUGAUGGAGGAACCCCUUGGUGAACUGAAAACCUCUGCCCCGAGCAGAGGUUGCAAAGCCUGGAGCACAACCUGCAGGCAACGGUUGUUGCUUACGGCAGGAUUUCUUAAUCAGUGUCCUUCAAAACAAAUGCCAGCACCAUUUUUGCUGAACCAUACACAUUGCUGAACAGGGAAAUGAAGGAACUGCAGGAAACGGACAGAGAUAGGGAGAGCAAAGCCUUGAAGCUGGUAUUUAUUGGGCACGGUGAGGAUGGGAGCGCUGCCAAGGUAGCCCUUGGGCUGGUGGUGCUUUCAGCACGGAAGGCUUCUCCCAGCAAAGGUUUGUGGCUGUCCCAGGACAUGGACGUCUCAGCUGGACCCGCUCACCCCUGGCCUGGAUGGAGCAAGCGCUGGCCGCCUGGCCGAGCGCAUCAGCGGCUCGAGUGCUGCGCGGCUUCUGCCAUCAGGAAGCAGCGAGGGGGUCGCAACCCCUGCCCACGCAGUUGCACAACGCCCAGCGCCUCCAGUGCCUGCACCAGCCCAGCUAAUGGCUCAUCGCCCGCUGCUUUCCAGCUCCUCACACUGGUCAUCACCUGCCCCCAGACGGCUGGCCAGACCGCUCAGCUUCUUCCUCAACGCCUCCUUUCCCCUCACAUGGACACAGCCCCCUCUCCGGCUGCUUUGUCCUCUCCCAAGGACACGGCUCGGUGCGCAGGAGAGCAGCCAGGACUUGCAGCUUGGCACUGCACCAAGCAGAUCUCCCACCCACGCAGGACCGGCCUCUCCCCUGCUGCCUUUUCCUCCAGCCCUCCCCGCUGAGCCUGUAGCACGCAGCCGUCCCUCACCCUCCGCCAGGCGCUCCUGGGUGCACACACCAAAGAGCUGACUCUAAAAUUCAGCGUUGUCAGCUGCUGUCAGCACUGAGCUCCUGGUUUUCCACCUGUGCACCCAUCCAUGCAUCUGUGCACCCCUGCAUCCAUCCACCCACACAUCCAUGCACACAUCCAUCCACCCAUCCAUCCAUCCAUCCGUACACCCAUGCAUGCAUCCACCCCUGGGUGUGCGCCUCCCAGGUCUGCAUUUGUGCCCCUCGCCGCGGCCCCCCGGGGGCUGGGGCCAACCCGGGUCCCCAGCCAGGUCCUUGGCGAGGGGCGGUGGAGGAGGAGGAGGAGUAAGAGGAGAAGAAGGAGGAGGAGGAGCCGGGAGGCAGCGCUCCGCCCGCGGCGCCGGCCCGAGGCGCGCCGGAGACCGGGGAGCCGAGGACAAAAGGGCGCGGAGCCAUGAAGCUGAACGAGCGGAGCCUGGCGUUUUACGCCACCUGCGACUCCCCCGCCGACAACGCCGGCUUCCUCUACAAGCGGGGCGAGCGGCACACGGCCUACCACCGGCGCUGGUUCGUGCUGAAGGGCAACAUGCUCUUCUACUUCGAGGAGCGCGAGAGCCGCGAGCCGGUGGGCGUCAUCGUGCUGGAGGGCUGCACGGUGGAGCUCUGCGACUCGGCCGAGGAGUUCGCCUUCGCCAUCCGCUUCGGCGGCACCAAAUCCCGCACCUACGUGCUGGCGGCCGAGAGCCAGGACGCCAUGGAGUCGUGGGUGAAGUCGCUGUCGCGGGCCAGCUUCGACUACAUGCGCGUGGUGGUGCGGGAGCUGGAGAAGCAGCUCGAGGAGAUGCGCUGGGGACUGGCUGCCGGCCGCCCGUGCUGCCGGCACGCUCCUGCUGCCUGGAAGCCGCAGCCCUCAGGGCCGGAGCAGUCCCAGGAGCGGCUGCCAGCUCUGCCCGCCGUGCCGCCGAAGGAGAACGGCUGCGCGGUGUGGAACAACACUCCAGGCACCGACCGGCUGCCCGAUGCCACCAGCUGUGACGGCAGCGAUGAUGACACCAACCCGCGGCCACCGCCGUUGCCACCGCGCAGGCGGGCGUCCAGCGGCGAGCCGGGCAGCACCGGGGCUGCCACAACCGAGAGCUCCUCCGCUUUCUGCCGGCUCCACGAGCGGUACGGCCGGGAGGUGGCCCGGCUGCGGCAGGACUGGCUGAAGAGGCAGCGUGACCACCAGCCCUGAGACGUGGUCGGGCCCUGGCGGCCCGUCCCGUACCCUCGGUGCCACCUGGGAUGCGCAGCCCCUGCGGAUUUCAUUUGGAAACACACACUGAACAAGGUCUGCUGGGAGCUCCUGAUGCUCCUGCGGGGGGGUUAUGCACCCGCGAGGAUUUUGGGGAGGGUUCGGAUGGGUGUUUCGCUGCUGGGGGGGGGCCUGUGCCGCCUUCCCCACCCUGAUCUCAGAUGAGUUCCCUUGCAUCCCUCUGCUCCGGCAGGAUGUGGUUUGAAGAACGAAAACAUGGGCGCACGCAGGCCUUCCCCAGUGACAGCACAGCACGCAGCGGCCACCAUGCAGCCGGUGCCACCGGGGGGCUUGUGCGCUGCCGGCAGCCUUGCAGGGACUGGGGUCCUCCGCAGCACGCUGCUCAGAUUCACCGUGCUCCCGGCCACGUCCCUCAGGGCUUCGGGACGGAUAUUUCAGGGCAGGGCAUCGUCCGUGGGCUGGCUGACAAAGGGGAAGCAUCGCGGUGCCGAACAGGAACGUAUGUGUCAGCGGUGGAGGGUGUCGAGUGAUUCAUGUGCCGAAGCAGAGCGUGGCCACCGCCGGCGGUUCGUGGGUCUCCUGCAGACGUUUCUCUGCUGUUUCCCCAGCGGUUUGCACCAGCACCAACACCGCGGGCACAGGGGCAGGGUGACACCCCAGUAUCCAGCUACCCGGUGUGGUGUGUACAUUUAUGUGGAUGGUGUGUUUGCGUUAAUUUCUGGGCACGGCCCUUUCCUGUGCUUCGGACACAAGGGACGGUGCUGCAGCCGGGUGUUGCACCAGCUUCUCCUGUGCUGCCUCUGCUGAAUCCCUCCCCUCGGGGUCCGCCCCCAGAUCUGGGGAAAGAAGCACUGGCAGCACCUGGGGUUUGGCUGGGUGGCUCCGUCUCAGUCUCCCUCUGCCUUCCCAGAACUGGCUCGUGUUUUUCCUACAAUAAACAGUUUCAGAAUUUCCCUCCUA